AUGUCUCAAUACGCAAGUAGUUCCACAUGGAGUUCAUUUUUGAAGUCGUUAACUUCAUUCAAUGGUGAUCUCUCAUCCUUAUCUGCGCCACCAUUCAUCCUAUCCCCCGUGUCACUAUCUGAAUUCUCCCAAUAUUGGGCAGAACAUCCAGAUCUGUUCCUAGAGGCAUCUUUCAUAACCCAGGAUAAUUAUAAGACAUAUUUACUUGAGAAUAUCGUCGAUGACAAUGAUAUUGUUCACAUUAAUCGGUUCAAUUUGGAAUCUCCCGAGGUUACCAGGUUGCUGUCAGUUACCAAAUGGUUCAUUUCGACACUCAAAUCUCAAUAUUGCUCACGUAACGAAUCAAUGGGUUCAGAAAAGAAGCCAUUGAAUCCAUUUCUAGGGGAGGUAUUCGUUGGCAAAUGGGAAAAUAAUCGUAAUAAGGAGAGAUUUGAGGAAACUGUACUUUUGAGUGAGCAAGUAUCACAUCAUCCUCCAAUUACCGCAUUCAGUGUGUUUAACGAUAAAAAUAACGUCAAAUUAGAAGGUUACAAUCGAUUCAAAGCAACUUUCACGAAAUCUUUGAUGCUUAAUGUUAAACAAUACGGACAUACCAUUUUAAACGUAAAAAAUGAAACUUACUUAAUCACAACACCUCCUUUACACGUCGAGGGGAUUCUAGUUGGGUCACCCUUUGUUGAAUUGGACGGUAAAUCGUAUAUACAAUCUUCCACUGGAUUGCUUUGUGUCAUCGAAUAUUCUGGUAGAGGUUAUUUCUCAGGUAAGAAAAAUUAUUACAAGGCACAUAUCUACAGAAAUUUCGAGGCCUCGAAACUUAAAACCAAUGCAUUGUUCACUAUUCAUGGUCAAUGGUCAGGCAAGUCCAAGAUUUCCCAAAAUUUGAGUGGUGGGAAACCUAGCCAUGCCAUCUUGUUCUAUGAUGCCAAUAAAACGCCUGUAGAGCACUUAUGUGUCAAACCUAUCGAAAAGCAACAUCCUCUAGAAAGCAGAAAGGCGUGGGAAGCGGUAGCUGAAGCAAUAAAGAGCAAGGAUAUGAAUACCAUUACCACCACGAAAAAUGUACUAGAAGAGUCUCAAAGGGAACUACGGAAACAGGAGGAGGCGAAAGGUACAACUUGGCACAGGAGAUGGUUUAAUGACGUGGAUUAUGAUCUCAUUAGCGACAGUGGUAAACAGAAACCAGAAAAGGAAGAUGAGUUCAUAAAAUUGGCUAAAUUACUACAUUAUUCUCAAAAAAAUGUACCCAGCGGUACUCUAAUCGGUGAAAAGGGUGACAAGAAAGAUAACAUAACCUCCGUCCACUGGAAGUUCAAUAGAAGUGCAUGGGAUGACGAACAAGAAAUUGUUCUAUAA